AUGAGGUCAGCCUGUCUCUCUCUGCUCCUGGUCACUGCCUGCUGGGCUCUGCCCUUCCGCCAGUCUGGCUUCCUAGACUUCAUGAUGGAUGAGGCAGGAUCAGGUCUGCCUGAAGAACCGACAAUUAGAUUCACGCCUCUCAUGCCUGAAGGACCCAAGUGCCCCUUCAGAUGCCAGUGCCACCUGCGUGUGAUCCAGUGCUCUGACCUUGGUCUGAAGGCAGUCCCUGAGGACAUCCCAGGCGACACCACCCUGCUGGACCUGCAGAACAACAAGAUCACUGAGAUCAAGGAGAAUGACUUCAAGAACCUCAAAGGCCUACAUGCUCUGAUCCUCGUGAACAACAAAAUCACUGUCAUUCACGCUAAGGCCCUCAGCCCUCUGACCAAGCUGCAGCGUCUCUACUUGUCUAAGAACAUGCUCAAGGACAUGCCUGCCAACAUGCCCAAGAGCCUGCAGGAGCUGCGCAUCCACGAGAACGAGAUCACCAAGAUCAAAAAGGCCUCCUUCCAGGGCAUGUCCCAUGUCAUCGUCAUGGAGCUCGGGUCCAAUCCUUUGAAGAGUGCAGGAAUCGAUGCCGGUGCUUUUGCUGACCUGAAAAGGGUCUCUUACAUUCGCAUUGCAGACACUAACAUUACCGAAAUCCCCAAAGGUCUGCCCAGCUCUCUCUCUGAGCUCCACCUGGAUGGAAACAAGAUCACCAAGGUUACAGCUGCCAACCUCCAGGGCCUGAAGAACCUGGCCAAGCUGGGUCUGAGCUACAAUGAGAUCAGCUCUGUGGAAAAUGGCACACUGAGUAAUGUCCCCCACCUGCGAGAGCUGCACCUUGACAACAACGCUCUGACAAGUGUUCCUCCUGGCCUGUCCGACCACAAGUACAUCCAGGUGGUCUACCUCCAUGCCAACAAGAUUUCUGCUGUGGGAACAGGGGACUUCUGUCCUCCUGGCCUCAACAGCAAGAAGGCCAUGUACUCUGGCAUCAGUCUGUUCAGCAACCCUGUUCCUUACUGGGAAGUUCAGCCAAUCACCUUCCGCUGUGUCUUCGACCGCUCCGCCAUCCAGCUCGGCAACUACAGGAAGAAGUAGAGCGUCCCGUGCACCUCUUCGUGGAAGUGUGUGUUUGUAAAUGAGUGUGUGAAAGUUUUGUAAGCGUGCGUGUUUGACCACAGCCCCACAACACUGACCCCUACCAACACUGCCUCCCCACAGAAAAUGAUGUCAUUAAUCCACGCACUCAUUUCAAAACUUUAGUGGACAUGGACCUCAAAUAUAACAUAUCAUAUUCAUUAUUUAGCUUCAAGGUUGGUGCGACAGUAGUACACACAGCUUACAGCAAACACCAGCAUACUAUGGGGAUGCUCUCACACACAGCACAUUCAUAGAAGCAGUUAAGCCAGCAUUAACAUUUCAAAUAUGUUUUCACAUACAUGCUGUAACAUAUCAUUUUGCAUAAUAUGAGCAAUUCAUUCGGUGGACAAAUUGAAAUUCAGAGAUGAUCCCUAACCAAAAAGAUUUGAAAUCUCACUCAGUGGAAAAUGUUAUAAAUCCCAGUUUGGUAAACUUUCUCGAACUUUAGCCAUUGUAUGAAUUAUAAGAGAGCUGGCCUGUAGAGCAGGCAGCAAGGGGUUAACUUGUGUUUUACAAUACCUUUAACAACUGGUAUACUAGAAUGUACUAGAUAUUACCUGUGUACUAGGAAUAGCAUUCAGAGUGUAACAUUGCCACGCUGCACUCCUUGAAAGAACUCUGAGUUUCUAUUUGUAUUGUACUCAAUUCAAGUAGAGAUAAAAGCAACCGUGACUUCUAUUACAUUGUGAUUUCUUGUGCUUACUUCAAGUGUUGAUUUAGUUCUGGGUGUUGUUACACUUUUUCUUCAUCACAUUUCAUCAGUUGUUCCUCUCCUAGUGUAUGUUGUUCCACAAAUAAAUAAGGUGAAAAUAGCUUCUAAAAAAAAUGUAGAAUAAACCAUAUAUGUUUUAAACAGAAGCCAUUCCCAAAGAUUUAUAUGCAUGCUCUUAUUUUUUUUUUCCUUUCAACUUGAACCUGAUGCUUUCUGGAAUCUCUUGUUAAUGCGUGUAUGUAUUUCUCUCCAUGUUUUCUUAUUUCCUUUUUUAAGAGUCAAGAUAAAUUGGAGGGUGCAUGUGGACUGGCAUGCCCACUGCAACCAUGUUGGUGUGAAUGUUGUAUGUAUAGACGCUGUAUAUAAAUGCUGUAUAAAAACCUCUCAUUGCUUAAAGGCACAAGCACUUACCAUAGCUCAGACUUAAUAUAUCAGCUACAAAGGUGUUCCUCUUUUUUUCCCGGAGCAGGGGCUCCAGCUAAGGUGUCCUGAACAAAAUAAAAAUACUAAUGGAAAAAGUA